ACCGUUGAUCCUGAGUCAUGUCUGGACGUGGCAAACAAGGCGGCAAAGCUCGCGCCAAGGCCAAGACUCGCUCUUCGCGGGCCGGGCUCCAGUUCCCCGUGGGCCGAGUGCACCGUCUUCUCCGCAAGGGUAACUACGCCGAGCGGGUCGGUGCGGGGGCCCCGGUGUACCUGGCGGCGGUGCUGGAGUACCUGACGGCCGAGAUCCUGGAGCUGGCGGGCAACGCGGCCCGGGACAACAAGAAGACGCGCAUCAUCCCGCGCCACCUGCAGCUGGCCAUCCGCAACGACGAGGAGCUCAACAAGCUGCUGGGCAAAGUCACCAUUGCUCAGGGCGGUGUCCUGCCCAACAUCCAGGCGGUGCUGCUGCCCAAGAAGACCGAGAGCCACCACAAGGCCAAGGGCAAAUAGAAAUCUGGGUUACUUGGCAGCAAUUUAAAGGUCUCAAUCAAACCAAAGGCUCUUUUCAGAGCCAC